AUGCGGGUAGUUUUUCUGGGGCUUGUGGUGGCCAUGCUGUUUGCCGUUUGUGCGGAGUGCGCGAAUUCGAUGGCCCUCAUGUUCGCAAGAGAGAUAUCUCUUCGCGAUGUGGGAAACGUAAGCGUGAGCACUUCUUUUAACGAUACGGCUGCAAAGUAUGUGGAAAAUGCUUUUAAGCCGAAUAAUGUUUUUGCCGAGUCUUUUGCGUCGCCUCCAGAUGUGGCUAUUGUUGCGAGGCACUGGUUUGUUGGUGCCCAGGAUAAGGUUCUUGAUUCCUUUCGUGAACUGAACGCCGUCUUCGACAAAUGGUCGAAGGCGCCUGUCGCCGCGUUGGUGAGCAGCUUGAACCAACUGUCAUUUACCGAUCUAGGGAGACAACCAUCAGUUGUCAGCUUCAACGAUAACUGCAGUUACGGUGACGAGAGUAUUGGCAUUGGCUCUCCGGACUUUGGCUUUGAUAAUCUUUCAUUUCUUUUUACUAUGCAGGUGAACCCCAGUAAUGGCUUGAUACAGCGGCUCUGCCAAAUUCUUUCAAUGCACGAUUGCACUCUUAUAACACUGGACAGUUCUAAAGAAAUCGACGGGCUAUAUGUGGCGCAAGUGACAAUAACCUCGUCCAACAGGAACCUUCUGCUUAUAAAAAUUCUGAACAAUGUUCAGCAUGUUUCGACUCUUUUUUUGGAUCGCAUUCUUCUUGUUCGCGUGGCAGGUGUACAGGUGUACAUUCGGAAAAAGCUUCCGCCACUUACUUACAAGGGAAAUACGGCUGAUUGCCUUUCACACUAUUGGUAUUUAAUCUUCUUGAUGUUGUUUUUACCUUUAGCACUCAUUGCCGGGCAACGCCUUAAAGCAUUUGGAGCCGAAUCUGGUAGAAAGUCUGUUCGUGCCAUGGAGUGGGAUAUUCGUAGUGGGGUCCGCUUUAAGGGCCAGUUUCAGACACAUUUGUCUGGUAGAGGUCAGGCCUCUCCGGCCGUCAUUUCAGGAAUUUUCCCUUCGGGGACUCAGCAUGGUGUUCAGAACCGAGAGUACGCAGUUUGGCAAAAUGCCCCAGGAGCGAAACAAUUCCCACACCAAGGACAAAAUAUGUAUUAUGACCCCAAUAAUGCCUGGCAACCCGGUGAGGGACAAGACAGUCAGCAAAUUUACCCCAUUACUAGUCGAGUUUAG